UAUCCCUCGUCCCGUCGUAUUUGAAAUUUUCAGAUACAAAAGAAGAGCCAACUUCAAGACUUAAAUUUUUUCGAGAAAAGAAAAAAUGUAAUUUUGCGAAGCCCAUAAACACACAUAAAGCGAACCGAGUAGCGCCAUACGGCCACUGCUCUAAAUUAGACUACAGCAAAGCGAAGUGAAAAACCGAGAAGUAGCUUUCUAUUCGUUCUUUAUUAAGCCCUACGUCCGACACAACGUUUAGAUUACUGCAUCGCCGUUUCAGGACUCAUAAAUGUAAUAUGGCGUCCAUGAUAUUCACUGAUCCUUCGUCCUCCGUCACUGCCCGCCUUCUCCCCUUUACCCGUUUCAGCAACUCCGUCGUUUCACUUCGCCGGUUUGUGGGUCCACUCCAUGUUGGCCCACUCCUUACCUUUCCUCGAACCCUCUCCCUCCUGUCUCCUCCUUGUUCUUCCCGGUUCAUCAUUGCUGCAAUGGCUACUGAGCCAUCUGCUAAGGUGAUUGAUGGGAAAUCGGUGGCAAAGCAAAUAAGAGAAGAAAUAAGUGCUCACGUAUCAAAAAUGAAGGACGCAAUUGGAGUUGUGCCUGGGUUAGCAGUUAUUCUAGUUGGGGAUAGGAAGGAUUCUGCCACUUAUGUGCGGAACAAGAAAAAAGCUUGUGAAUCUGUAGGGAUUAAUUCUUUUGAAGUACAUUUACCUGAUGAUGCUUCUGAGCAAGAAGUUCUCAAGUUUAUCUCUGACUUCAACCAUGAUCCUUCGGUUCAUGGCAUCCUUGUGCAAUUGCCUCUACCUUCUCAUAUGAAUGAGCAGAACAUUUUAAAUGCUGUCAUGAUUGAGAAAGAUGUGGAUGGCUUCCACCCAUUGAAUAUUGGUCGUCUCGCCAUGCGAGGUAGAGAACCCUUGUUUGUUCCAUGUACUCCUAAAGGAUGCAUAGAGCUAUUGCAUAGAUAUGGUUUUGAUAUUAAAGGAAAGAGGGCUGUUGUCAUUGGCCGGAGCAAUAUUGUUGGAAUGCCAGCUGCUUUGUUACUGCAAAGGGAAGACGCUACUGUAAGUAUUGUCCAUUCUAGAACUAAAAAUCCUGAGGAAAUCACAAGACAAGCAGAUAUCAUAGUAUCUGCUGUGGGGCAACCAAAUAUGGUGAGAGGUAGCUGGAUAAAGCCUGGUGCUGUUAUUAUCGAUGUUGGAAUAAAUCCCGUUGAGGAUGCAAGUAGUCCCCGAGGAUACCGGUUAGUUGGAGAUGUUUGUUACGAGGAGGCCUGCAAGAUUGCUGCAGCUGUUACUCCUGUUCCUGGGGGAGUAGGUCCUAUGACUAUAGCAAUGCUUCUCUCUAACACGCUCAGUUCAGCAAAGAGGGCAUACAACUUAAAGUGAGAAUUUUAAAGAUGUCCAAGGGUAUUUUUCUGGUGAGAAGAAUCCAUUUUACACAAGUUGCACUUGUGGCAACUGACUCUUCUAUGUUGCGGGGUAGAGCCUCCUUUUUGCUUCUCAAUUACGGUGCUAUAGAUACUCCAUUAGUCCUUUACAAAUAAGAAACUUCUGUUUUGCCAUAAGUUUAUACAUUAUUCAGAGUGUAGAGUUGAGGUGAGGUUCAGAGAAUUAGGAUCAUAAUGUUCAUACGAAGCUGAUUCUCGAGUAGCAAUGUUGAAUAGAUUUGUUGCGCCAAAACCUUACCUCCAAACAUUUAGGCUACCAUUGGAUGAUAUUUUGAGAUUAUACUGUGGGCCUACAAACCUCGUGAGCUCAUUUGGUCUGUUUUUCUUCGUAUGUUUCCUUGAGUUUACUUUUCUUUUUCUGGUUUUUUUUUUUUUUAAUGGUAUACAAGAAUCUGCAAAAUUAAGGUGGGGUGGAAAAAUCCACGUGACCAAUUUGUGUGGUCAAAUAUUGAACUGCACUUAAUGAGAGAAAAUGAAUCAUAUUCCACAGUAUCAAUCAUCUCAUUCCGACGAAACUGGCUCACCAUGUACCAAAAAGAGGCCAGAAGGACCAUCUUUUGGCAAGAGUGCUAACAUAACAGGAGUUGUAGCACCUUCUUCAACGAUUAACCUGCCAAUAUUUAAAUUUAUCUGUUUUGACGUAGCCAGAGCAAACACAGUUGAUGCAGAAAUUUGGGUACUUCUUGGCCACAAUCCAUGUGUGGGCAGUAAUUCAUGGCUACUAUUGAGACAGUAUAGGCGGGGGGAGCUGUUGUCCAACCUUUUACUUUCGAAUGAACCCUCAAA